UGCCCAUAAGCAGACAGAAGAAGAAAGACGUGAUUACAUCCACUAACGAGCCACGUGGAGUCACAGCUGUGGAUAUUUGUAGAAGAUGGAAGAAAAUAAAACUGCGGGGGCAAGGAACCUCUGAGUACAGGGCUGGCAACAGACUUUUGACGCUGGAGAAACGAAAUAUGUGAAAACGUCUCUCUUCGUGCAUCUACAGGGAGAUUUCAAAGCAUGGAAGUUUGUUUCCACCACUGAAGAAGUUGCCAUCCUUAUUUCAAAAUUUCGUUUUAGGUUAUUUCUCAGUGUUGUCUGGUGAAAUUGAAGGACUGUCAACUAUGAGAUUCUUCCAGAAGACAAAGUGCACGCUGAAAUGUUUGCUUUGGGUUCCGGCUGCACUCUGUGCUCUCUACUUCACAUGUCCAACUGUGAAUAUUUUCAUAGGUUUCCUACCCAUGGAAAAAUGCACACUGGAACAUGGAAAGCUGCCAACCCUGGACAACAGCGUUGAUGUCAGCCUCGACUUUUGGUCUCGAACUGACGUUCAAACAUGCACAACUUGGAAAGCUCCUAUUAUCUGGGAGGGGAUGUUUGACUCUAAACAUUACGACCAGAACCACAAGAAGGAAGGAUCCUCUGUUGCUCUAACAGUGUUUGCUGUGGGAAGGUACUUGGACGAAUACCUCGAGACCUUUCUGAACUCCUCAGAACACCACUUUAUGGUGGGUUUGCCUGUGUCCUACUACGUAUUUACAGACAUGCCAGAGAAGGUCCCGCACAUCGAUCUCAGUCCUCAGCGAACCUUGAAAGUGAUCAAAGUGCAACGGCACUCAAGAUGGCAGGACAUUUCGAUGAUGCGAAUGAAGGCGAUAUCAGAUGUCAUAGAGUCUGAUAUUCGCCACCACUCCACGCAUGUCUUCUGCUUCGAUGUAGAUCAGGUGUUCACUGGGAGAUUUGGCUCAGAGGCUCUGGGAGACUCUGUGGCUCUGCUCCAUGCCUACUACUACCACCUUCCAAAGAGUUUCUAUACUUAUGACCGAAACCCGAAAUCCAAGGCUUACAUGGAAACCGGGGAUUUCUACUAUCACGCUGCUGUCUUUGGAGGUUCAUGGAAAAGCGUAAAAUCUCUGGUUGAGGCCUGCUACCAAAACAUCAUGGAGGAUAAACAAAAUAACGUGGAGGCUUUGUGGCACGAUGAAAGCCACCUAAACAAAUACCUGUGGCUGCACAAACCCAGCAGGGUGCUUUCUCCAGAGUACUGCUGGGAUACCCAAAUCGGCUACAGGAGUGACAUUCAAGUCACUCGACUGCUAUGGGCACCAAAACAAUAUGAUAAACUGCGCACACCUUAGUAUUUCUUGGAAUUACACACAAAACCAUGCAAAUUCAGCAACUCUAAUAACAUGAAAACUAUAUGAAAACACAUUUUUCUACGUACUCCCAAAUAUGCAAAAGUCGGCAACCAUUUCAAGUAAUGGUAUGAAAACAAUAUGGUAAAGUAAAAUUUUCCUAGUUACUCAUGCUUCCUCUUUGAGUUCAUUUACACUCAACUCCAAAAUGCAGGAUAAGUUUGCUUACAAGAACUCAGAUAAACGUCUAUGCAAUAUUGUCUUCAUUUUCUAAAAUUACAUGUGCUGAUGAAAGGUCAAACAAGCAAACCAAACUGCAUAUAAUAUACAAUUUCAGCUCUUCUUUAUCUCAUUUCUUCAGCUUCACUUCUUGUUUUGUUUUGUGGUGUUUUUUUGUACUGAUGUCCUGUUCACAUUAUGUGGUAAAAUGCAUUUCUGGUUUCCAAGUAUUAAGCGCAGGUGGCUGAUCUGUUGAAAAUUUAACCCUGUAUUUGAAUUUCAUAUAAAGUUAUUUUGCAUUCCUGGAAUUAAGAUCAGCUGCAGCUCAUUAUUCUUGGGGAUAAGCCUGUGAUCUGAAUAUCAGAGUUAUAAUUUUUAAACAUCAUUUAUAACACAUGAACUUUGAACCAAAGGUUUAGUGUUCAUUGUCAGCUCGUGCUGUUUUUACAAGUGUGCUAUUAAUUGGUGUAAUGUUGAAAAAUGACUGAACUGUUUUGUAUAUUUAUAUUGUUGUGGUAUAACGAAUGUUGGUGAGUACAACUGCAAGUUAUUUUGUACUGAUAUCAAUAAAAUGACAUCUGGGGCAUUACUGAAUUCUAUGAUGGCAACCUUCGUAGUAGAAGUAAGGAUGCCAUAUUUUAAAGAGCUGUUUUUGACAGUUUGAGACACGUCUGUGUGCGCAUCAAGUGCCUUUCUGCAAUAAUAAUGGCCGUGUUUGCUUUUCUUUCUUUUGAUUAAAACAUGUCAUAAUAAAAUAAAUGUUUGUAGGA